AUGGCCUCGCUGCAUGCUCGCACGCAAACUUCCUUGUCAGGGAUUACAGAAAAAUCAUUGGCUCUCUUCACCUUUGAUAUAGUGGCGGAGAACCACGUCCAUGAGAAGUUGGUAUCUCUGAGCUUGCUUCAGAAAGACUUUGUGCCUUUUCUGCUGAAUUUUUUAAGGGAGCAGACCAGCCAGAUCCUGACUAAUGGACCCUCUACUCCUGCUAAAACCCCUAAUUCCAAAGCCCAUGGAAACCAAAGGACAGGAUCAGAAAAGAGGGCCGGUCACACCUCCGGAUCAAGCAGCAGCCGGGUGCAGCUCUUUUCCGAAAGGACUUCGGUGACCCCCUGCACCACAGAUACCAGCUUUUCCCCCGCUGCCGCCUCCAGCGGCUCCUCCUCUUUUUCAGGAUCCAGCCUGUCCAGCCCUUGCAGCGACCUCCCUGGCGCGGCGUGUGGCGGCAGCCCAGGCUUUGGGCACAGCCCCGUGCUCGGCCAGGGCGAGAGGCGUUCGUCGCAGAGGAGCAGCCUGGGCAGCUUCCUCGCGGCCGCGCCAGAAGCGGCGCCGCCGCCGCGGCGAGGCAGGAGGAGAGGCGGCAGCUCCGUGGGCGCCGCUGGCCGCCACCUCGCUCGGGACCUGGGGCGCUCCCUGCCUGAGGAGGAGGAUGGGAAAGGCGAGAGCCCGGCAUCGUGGAGCGCGGGGAGAAGGAAGCGGAGUGAAGUGCCUCUUGUUCCCGCCGCAUCCCCACCCAGCCAGCUCAAUCUCAACAAUUUGGAGGAGUUUCCGCCCAUGGGUGCUGCCUCGGGCUGGACAAACAAGAGCAAGCCAUCAAGGCGAAUCAACCCAACUCCUGUAAGUGCCGAGCGACCCCUCUCAAAACCAAAGAUGUGCUUCACUUCUACGCCCGUCAGCCAGGCUCCAGCUGCUCGAUUUCCAUCUGGGACAAGCCUGGAAGCCUUUACUGCCAUCCAGGAAGGAAACAUUGCUUCUGUGGUAGGGAGCAGCCUUCAAGAGGAGAGGGAGAUGCUAAAGAAAGAAAGAUGCAAGCUGCUGCACCAGGCGUCCUCUCCGUCAGGGCUCUCUCUUGAUCCGGGCACUCCUACCAAACCCAGCUACGCUCGCAGUGCCAGCCUGCCCGCUGAAAGCCUCCCUGUGACCUGUGCAAACCCUGCUAAAGUUUCCUGCAAGAAACAGCUGGAGUGUCUGGCACAGCUCUAUUCAUCUUGUAUAGCAGAAAACCUGGUACCAAAUAUUUUUCUGGAGCUCUUUUUUGUUCUGCAGCUGUUGACAUCUAAAGGCAGUUCUGCAGAAGAUGAGGAGAGUGAUCUUGAAGUCAAUGAAACAAGUGAAGAUGCAUCAAGGAAGCAGCAUUUCCGAAAUGUGCACAACUGUGUUUAUUUUGCUGUUCAAGUCUUGGAUUAUCAGUAUGAAAUUAUUUCCCGUUUAGAAAAGGGGACGCUGAAACUCUUGGCUGAAAAUGAGCGGAUUGCAUCUUUUUCUCCCACUUUGCAUGAGAGGCUCAGGCAGGCUUAUGAAAGCAGCACAGCCAAGGUGUCUCUGCUGCUGCCCUGCUCUGUACAGUCUGUUUCUUUCCAGCCAGAAACUGACAAUCGCUCCAACUUUCCCACUGACAGAGCAUUUCAUAUAUUUAAGAAACAAAGGGAUAUCUUUUACGAAUUGCUGCGUGAAUGGGAGGAUAAUCAUGAAAAAACUGGCUGGGACUUUGAAAGAGUUCUGGGCAACAAGAUCAGGGCCAUGAUGGCUCACUUAUCUGCAACUUGCAACCACAGCCACUUUGCAAGGCUCUUUCAGAAGCAGCUCAUCCAGAUGUGCAAAGGUCCCAUUGGUGGUGGCACAAGCUGGGGAGACACCCCCGACCAGGACGUCCUGAACAUGCUGGGCCCUGACAACCUGAGCCGCCUGAAGAGGCUGCAGGAGAGGUUCGUCGUUCCGCAGAGCAUCGGGGGACCCUGCCCGCCGCCUUCAUUCACCGGGUGCCAGCAGUUCUUCAGGGACUUCAUCCUCAGCGCAGGCAGUUACCAGUUCAACCAGCACCUGGUGGAUAGCCUGUGCCUGAAGAUCCUCGAAUUAGAUGGCCUUACUCUGAUAGAGCAUGUGCACAGUGAUGGGGAAGCAGAUAUGGAUGAACAGGAUGAAAAGAAGCGUUUCACUGUGGUGCUACUAAGCCUGCGACUCCUUGCCAAAUUCCUGGGGUUCCUGGUUUUCUUGCCAUAUCGCAGCAUGGAACAGCCAACUAGAGACUUGCUAGAGUCUGCAGUAGCUUUAAGAAACAAAACCCAGCCAGCACUGGAUGUAUUGAAGCUUCUGAGACAAUCUAUUCGAGACCGACGUGCUGUCCUCACCAUUCCAUGGAUUGUGGAGUUCCUUUCCCUUGUGGAUCAUAUAGCUCCUUUUCUUGAUUACUACAGGAAGGUAUUUUGUCUCUUGCUGCAGGUAUACAGGUUAAUGGUCCUUUCUGAAGAGAAGGAGAUGAGUUUCCUGAACAAGCUGCUGAUUCUUGCAGUUCUGGGUUGGCUUUUUCAGGUUCCAUCAGUCCCUGAAGAGCUGUUCUUUAGCACCGACGUGAGGAAGGAGGGCUUGGUGACGGAUACUGUGACUUCCCCUCGGGCUUUGGACUCCGUACCCUUGGUGGAUCAGCAGUUACUUUACACCUGCUGUCCCUAUCUUGGAGAGCUGCGGAAGCUGCUUGCCUCUUUUGUGGCUGGCAGCGGAACAAAGAACGGUGGCUUCAUACGGAAAAUCACUCCAACAGCUGCCGAGUCUUUGGCACCCAAACCUUCUGCCACACAAAGAAAACUUCAGGCAGAGUUGGAACAGGCCUUCUUCCACAACCAGCCCCCCUCCUUGCGGAGAACAGUUGAAUUUGUGGCAGAGAGGGUGGGAUCCAACUGCGUUAAGCACAUCAAGGCCACGCUGGUAGCGGAGCUGGUUCAGAGGGCUGAAGUCAUGUUGCAGGACAGAGUGAAGGAGGUGGAUGCCAACCACGACAAGCUGCUGGAGGAGGCCUGUGCCCAGCUCUACGAGGAAGGGGCCCAGGCUCUCAUCAGAGGCAGAGAAUUUUGCAAGAAGAAAGGGCCUGAGGCAGUCAGAGUGUUAUUACCAGAAGAGACAUCUGCAGCAGUUCUGAACAGUGCAGAAGACAUUGCAGUGGAACUGGCUACUGAGAAAGCCUGUGGCUGGCUUUCUGCCAACAUUGCAGCACUCAUCAAAAGGGAAGUGAAGGCAACGUUCAACAGGAUGCUGAAAGUGCCAGGACCUCCGCAGCCGAGCGAGGAUGCCCAGGAGUUGAGAAGGGCCUGUCCCCCAGGCUGCCAGCACCGCGCUCCAUUGCCCUCCCAAGUCAUCAAUGAAAUCAAGGAUGUGCUGUGCGUUGCUGUGGGCCCUCGGGACGAAGGGGAAGUCAUUGACUACGACUGGCUGGAAAGCCUGCUUGGGAGACUGAGACAGACACUGCGGUGCAGAAAGUUCAUGUGUCCCACAUCAGAACAGCAGCUGGCAAAGUGCACGGUUGAGCUGGCUUCCCUGCUGGUUUCAGGUGGUGUUCCCCUGCGCCGGAGCCCCGCGUCCCCCGGGAGGAGCGCGGAGAGGCGGCGCGCGCCGGGCGGCCUCGUGGCGCGGCUGCUCUCGCUCUGGAAGGAGGAUUUCGGGGCGCCCGUUCCCGUGCGGCUGCUGCUGAGCGGCAGGAACGUCGCGUACGCCGCGCGGGCCCAGCGGCCGCAGUGGGAUUUGUUCCUCUUCAUGCUUCGUGGCCUCGUGGAACAUGAUCUGAUGGGAAUUAAUGAAAUAGUGAAUUGCUUGCAUAACCUCAAAGAGCUCCCUUGGCCCUCAGACUUCCUAAAGGAACUGGAAGGGCUCUCCGGAGCGUUCGUCUCGGAGCACGGCGCGGCCGCGGCGCCGCCGGCCGCCCGCUCGGAGCCGCCCAGACCGGUGCCAGGCGCCCUGGCCGCGCAGAGCUAG